AAUAUCGCACCAUGUUUCAUCCUAACCAACGUGUGCUAAGUCACUUUGUUCCCACAUUUCCUCACUAGUUUCCAAGCCUCGUUUACAGAGAAAGAACCCCUAGAUGAUCCAGCGAAUACCACUUUGUCUACAGAGCCAGAAUAUGGAGAUAUCAACCCGCACAAAGCCAUCUAAGUUUCAAGCAGAUCAUCAGACCUUGCUGGAGGCUGUCUCCAUUCAUUUGCCUUAAUAACAUCUGCGACUGUGGCCUCAUUACCUAAAGCUGAAUCAUAACCAUUCUAAAGCACAUGUAAAUUUUUGCAUAGACUUGAAAUGAAACAAGUUUUUCAUAUAAGCUAUGUAUAAACUUGUUGUUUGAUGAACACCGUGAUUUCAAAUGUGCCUGAAGAACUUAGCACAAUAAGGUGUUCGAUAAGUUGCUUUUGAGAACAAAUGAUAUAACAGGUUUUUCAACUCCUAUUGAAUGAAUGGAUUGUUUUGUAUAAAUUUCUGCUUCAUUUUUUUUUUUUUUUGGAUGUAUUUUUAACUUUGGCAAUUCUUCUGCUGGUACAUUGACCAGACGAAGCUGGUGGAGCUUGCAAUUAUUCACUCUCCCCUCCUCGGAAGGGUUGAUGCUAGAUCUACAGGAAUAAAUGAUGUGAGGAAUUUACAGCUUCAAUUUCAAACCAAACUGUCAGAUUCUCUGUUUACUGGAAGGAAACUACGAGGAGUUGGGGGUGCUCGCAUUUCCGUUGCGUUGAUCGAUGCGAAUACCAGGGAUGUUGUUACAUCAGGCCUGGAAUCCUCCAUUAAGUUGGAUGUUGUCGUGCUUGAAGGUGACUUCAACAAAGAUGAUGAGGAUGACUGGGCUCAUGAAGAGUUUGAGAACUUCGUGGUUAAAGAGCGUCAACAAAAGGGUCUGCUUUUGACGGGGGAUCUCCAAGUAACGCUCAAUGGAGGUGUUGGGAAGCUGGGAGAACUGAUAUUUACUGACAAUUCUAGCUGGAAUAGGAGUAAAAGAUUUAGGAUAGGGCUGAAGAAGGCAUCGGGUUAUUGUGGGAAUACACGAAUCAGAGAAGCCAAAACAGAUGCCUUCCGUGUUAAAGAACAUAGAGGAGAAUCAUCCAAGAAACAUGAUAUACCUGCAUUCGAGGAUGACGUCUGGAGGUUGAAGAUGAUUGCCAAGGAUGGGAAAUAUCACCGAAAACUGAGUGAAGCCGGAAUACAUAAAGUGGGAGACUUUCUACUUCAAUUGUUUACGGACCCCAUGAAACUGAAAGAGAUUCUUGGAAUGAGCCCAAAUUCGACGAACUGGGAUACCCUUGAAAAUCAUGCAAAGAGUUGCAAGAUAAAUUGGAAACUUUAUUUGUACUAUACUGAUGGCACGAGAAAGCAUGGUGCUGUAUUCAACACUGAUCAUCAGCUAAUUGGCCUAAUCAAAGAUAGAAUAUAUUGUGCUUCUGAUGGACUUUCUGCUGAUGAUCUGGAACAUGGAGAUACAAUCGUGAAAAAGGCCCUUGGUAACAAGAAUGAUGUUAUGGAGUUCAACGGUGAGACCUUUUCUCCUUCAAUGCAAAAGGAGAGCUCGAGCUCCAUUCCAUGUAAAGUAUUUGAAGGACAAAUUGAAAAUCUCACCCCUGUUCAAAGUAAUUUGGCUCCACGAGUCUGGGCUGCUCGAGGUGGUUCGGAAGCUCCUCUGGCAAAUCUGGGCUUGACUGCUGAAGGUACGUGCUCUAAAGCACAAUAUUUUCUCUUCCUCUAAGCAAAUACAAAGAUGUGGCCAGGGAAAUAGCGAUGAAUAUAGGACUUUCCACUUGAUUGUUGAGCUUUGAUAAAUUAAACCAAUGCGAUCCAGAUCCUUAUGACUUGGGUUCCACAUAACAUGAAGAGUUGAGUUUCCCAGCCACCCUUCAAAUGAACUUUCAUCCAAAGAAAUUUAACUAAAUUUUCUCCCUCUUUGGCACUGACAUAGAAGCUAUACGUAAAGGAUUCCCAUUUGCAAGUUAGGCUUCAGUUUGUCACUAGAUGCAACCGAAAAUGCUCAGAAAUAGUUUUUACCAAUGACGAACAAACAAGAAGAGGACGUUAUUGCCAGUUACUACCAAAAGCAGUAAUUUAUCAAGGUUCGAUUUAAGAGACGCGACUUCAAUUUGGACGUGAGUUGAAGUAUCAAAAUGAUCUAUAAGGACAUGCAAUGUGGAGAAUAGUCAAUUUUUAAUGCUAAUUGUCCACAAAAAGAUACAUUCCGUAAGGUGUGAUUGUUGCAAAAUGAGCCUCAUUCAAUACAUUCUAUCCAUUUGGCCAUAUAUGUAUGUACAUACGUACGUAUGUGUCAUGGGCUCUGUCCAAGCAAUUAAAAAGCAACUAAAAAAAUUAGGUGGUAACAGGUACCACGUUGAGUGGGUGAUUGGGGGAGGGGGAUGGCCGAUACUCAUGAACACUUCACUUUUGUGAUGCUAAGUGAUAUCGACGAGAUAUUGCUAUCACUAGGUAGACAUGAAUAGAUGAAAUAAGCACACAACAAUGUGUUUAUAUGUGCUUUUUCGUUAAAUGGUGACUGGAAUAUCAUAUGUUAGAAAAGAAGGUUGGUUUGUUAAAUUUAUAUGUCAAAAAUUGUAAAGGGUCUUGUCAAUUGAAGCACUUAAAGAUAACAAAGACCAGUGGCAAGAAAAACUAAAGAGGUGUGGGGCGAGAAAAAAAAAUUAGUAGCACUUUCCAUUAUAGUAAAAACUCAUAACCGUUCAUUGUAAAAUUCUUUAUGAGAAUGUACACCUGAGCUCACGUCAACCUCUGUUUACU